AUGGAGGUCGAACCGCCAAAUGUAGAGAAGUACUUCAUGCCAAAAAAUGUCCACGACCCACCGACAUUCAUACCCAAGUUUAAAAGAGUGGUUUUUGGGACUGUUGCUGGUAUAUUCGCAACAACCAUAGUGCAUCCAAUAGACUUGGUUAAGGUCCGUAUAAUGACGUAUUCGGAAAGACUGUCCUACCCCAGGAUGGCGAAACGGAUCCUCAGGUUUCAAGGCACGAAGGCUUUGUUCUCAGGACUAUCAGCUGGUAUACUCAGACAAGCAACUAACACGUCUGUGAGGCUGUCUGUCUAUAACAUUCUUUAUGACCGACAUAAAAAAAAACACAACAGGCCUCCGAACGACCGCGAGAAGGUGCAGAUAGGUGUGAUAGCAGGGGCGGCAGGCGCCUUCUGCGGGAACCCAUCAGAGGUGGUGAUGGUCAGAUUGAUGGUACAGAGCGCGCCCAGAGCGUUCAACCAGUGUCCAGACCUGACCGACCUUAUCAAGAAACCUUAUGAGGGGCUCGUUGACGCUAUUAGUCGGAUAGUAAGAGAGGAGGGCAUGCGGGCCCUCUGGAGGGCAGGUAGUCACACGUUAGCACGGUCUGUGGUGCUUUCAGCCAUUCAGAUUGGAACUUAUGCCAAGAUAAGAGAUUACCUUCUGAAGCGUGAAGUGGUCCGCGGUAUUCCGUUGCACAUUAUAACUGCUAUGGCGUGCACCUUCAUCGCUGGAAUCAUCACACUACCCGUCGACAUCGUCAAGACCAGGUACUACAAGCUGCAAGGGUCCAAUCAGUUUCUUGCAAAGUAA